AUGCAUCGACACACGGCGACACACAGAGUCGCACGACCGCUGCCCUUGUGCUUUGUCCCGCGCACGCCGAGGCCAAGUCACUAUGAAUGCUCGCGGGCGGGCGCGAGCAGCAUCAUAGACGCCCAUCGACCCGCUCGAUCGAUCGGCGCAUGCGCAAAUUUGCGUUGCGCCGCCAGUCCGUCGCCCGCCUGCGCCUGCGCACCCAUCCUCCUCCUCCUCCUGCUCUCCGCCAACGCAAACCACCGCGCCCCGCACGACGCCAAGCUGGCGGACCACGACCGCGACCACGAGCCCGCCCUCGUCACGGGGGCACAGCACGCCGACCCCGCCCUCCUCCACGACGUCUCGGCCUUCCUCGUCCGCGAGGGCGCCCGCCCGCACAAACACAAAGACAACGGCAAAGACAAAGACAACGGCAACGGCAAAGGCAAAGGCAACGGCAACGGCAAGGGCAAAAGCAAAGACGCGAAGCAGACGGACCGCCCCGCCGUGCCCGCCCACACGCAGCCGCACGCCGCGGACAAGGACAAAGACAACGACAAUGGCAGGCGCUCCUCGACACGCACCGCGCGCGCGCACGCAGACAAGCCCCCCGCACACGCGCCCGGGGGCGGCGCCAACGCAGGCGUGUCCGUGUCCGUGAACAGCAGAGACAAGGGCAAGGGCAAGGGCAAGAGCAAGGGCAACGACAAUGACAAGAGCAACGACAACGACAAGGGCAAGAGCAAGAGCAACGACAAGGACAAGGACAACAGUAAGACCGCCGACACGCGCACCGCCGACAAACGCAAACGCGAACGCGAACGCAAACCCGCCGCCGACACACCCGCAGACCCCGCGCCGCCGCCCAACGAACCGCCCGCGCCCCCGUCCUCGCUCCUCGUCCCCCCGACCCCCGCAUGGUACGCCGCCCUCCCGCCCCUCGCACCCGCACCCGCACCCGCACCCGCACCCUCCGCCCUCCCGACACCGACGCCGACGCCCGCACAGCUCGCCGCGCUCACCGCGCGCGCGUACGCGCUGCUCGACCGCGAGAGUGCGCGCUGGCACGGGCUGGACGCGGCCGGCGGCGGGGAGGGUAGCGGCACCGGUAACAACAACAACAACAACAGCACCGGCACCGGCAACAAAAACGAGAGCAAGUGGGACGCCGUCGGCGGCGGGAAGAGCACAGGCGCGGUCGGCGGCGGGAAGAGCGCGGCGGACCGCCGCUUCCUCGCGGCGGUGCUGCGCGCGGGCACGCUGAGCGACCGCCUGAGCGCGCUCACGCUGUGCGUGCGCGACGCGCCCGUGUAUGAGCGCGCGGCGCUCGAGCGGCUGGCGGGCAUGAUGGCGCGCCGCGGCGGCGGGGGCGUGGGCGGAGGAGGAGGUACAGGAGGGGGCGGCGGCGGCGGGAGGGAGGAGGGCCUGAAGGCGGUGCGGUGCGUCGUGGACUGGUGGGUCGGCGGGGGCGCGCCUGGGCGGAAGCUGCGGUACCUGCGCGACCAGCCGCUGCUGCACGCGGGCGCGACGGACGCGCACCUGCUGCUGUGGGCGUUCGAGGACUGGCUCAAGAAGUGGUUCUUUGGCGUGCUGGGCGUGCUCGAGGUGCGUGACGCCGCCUGCGUGUGUGUGUGUGCGCGCGCGCUGUGCUGA